AUGAAGCUCUUGGUUCUCUCGGCACUCGUGGUCGCAGCUUACGCGGCACCUCAAGGCUACAAUUUGGCCUCGCCAUCGGGAGGUGGAUUCUCCCAUGGCGGAGGUCACUCAUCUGGAAGUGGCUUCUCUAGUGGCGGCGAUGCCUCCGGUGGAGGAUUCUCCAGUGGCGGUGGAAUCUCCGGUGGAGGAUUUUCAAGCAGCGGAGGAAUCUCUGGUGGAGGAUUUUCAAAUGAUGGUGGAAUCUCUGGUGUAGGAUUCUCAAGUGGCGGUGGAGUGUCUGGUGGAGGUUUCUCCGGUGGAAGCAGUGGUGGAUUUGGUGGUGGAUCUGGAGGUCACGCUGGUGGGUGUCGUGAUGGAGAGAUCCUGCAUGUAGAUGGAUCUUGCGUUGUUCCUGUAAUCACGAGAAAUGUAUUUGUGUAUGAUGCUCCUGAACAAACUCAGCAGCCAAGCGGUCCACCACCAAGUGUCCCACCACCAAAAGUUGACCAUAACAUUCUGUUCGUGCGUCUUCCUGAAGGAGGAGUAGGACCUGAACCCAUCAUCGUUCCUCCACCAAGGCAAGAGAACAUCGUGUAUGUCCUGAACAAGAACGAUGGAGCAGGAGGCCAGCGAGUAAUCGAGGUUGCUGCUCCUCCAGCUACCAACCCCGAGGUUUACUUUGUCAACUACGAAGAUGGAGAGAACCCAACUCUUCCUAUUGGUGUGGAUCUUGAGACUGCUCUUAACGCUGCCGCUAGUGCUGGUGGUCAAGUGAUCGGAGGCGCUGGAGGAUCAGGUGGCUUUGGAGGCGAUGGAGGAUUUGGCGGUAGUGGAUCAGGUGGCUUUGGAGGCGAUGGAGGAUUUGGUGGUAGUGGAGGAGGUGGUUUUGGCGGUAGUGGUGGAAGUGGAGGAUUCGGAGGUUCAGUUGGAGUAAAUGGAGGUUUUGGUGGUGUAAGUAGUGGUAGUGGAGGCUUUAGUGGAAGUUCAGCCGGAAGUAGUGGAGGAUUUGGAGGAAGCGGAAGCAGUGCUGAUACCCCAUCCACUUUGUACUCUGGUCCUUAAAUGUUAGGGAAGGAACAGUUCUACCUUACAAAGUAAUACCUACCUUCGUGUCUAUAUAGUCAGUUAAGAUUUUAUUACUAUUGUUUAUAACUUUUAACAAAUAUAUAUGAAAAAAAGUUUAUAUUUGUUUCUUUAUUUCGAAUAUAAAUGAAUAAAUAAAUAGACGAAUGUCGUAGGUAUUUAAAGGCUGUUGCUAAAUUCUUUCAGAAGAAUAAUUGCAAGAGUGGUCUUGACUUUUUCAAAAUUCAUGACCAAAUAAAUGAUGGAAGGAAAGAAAUGAGAUGAUUUAUGUAGCGGAUAUACAUUCACAUUUCAGAAAAUCAAAUCAUACAAAAUACAUUCAUUAUAGAAAGAUAACUAAGAAAAGUUUAAAUAUAAAAAAACAGAAAUUAUAUAUCAUUCUAAACUAACUUGACCAUAGCAUUCUGCUGUGUGUCUUCCUAAAGGAGGAGCAGGGCUUGAACCUAUUGUUAUUCCUCCACCAAGGCAAGAGAACAUCGUGUAUGUCCUGAACAAGAACGACGGAGCAGGAAGCCAGCGAGUAAUUGAAUCCUGAGGUUUGCUAUGACGAGGGAGAGAACCCAACUCUUCCUAUUGAUCCAAUCUUGAGACUACUCUUAACGCUGCCACUAGUGGUUGUAGUUAAGUGAUGAGAGCCACCGGAGGAGCUUUGGAGCCGAUAGAGGAUUUGGCAGCAGUGAAUAAGGUGGAUUUGGAGGUGAUGAAGGAUUUGGCUGUAGUGGAGGUGUAAGCAGGGUAUUAGGUGGUGCAUGUAGAGUAAGUAGCGAUUUCGGUGGCGUAAGUGGUGAAAGCGGAGGUUUUGGCGGAAGUGGAGCAGGAAAAGUAUUGGAGGAUUUGGAGGAAGUGGAAUCAGUGCUGGUGCUCCAUCCACUUUAAAUUCUAGCCCUUAAAAAUGAGGGAAAGGAACAGUUCCACCUUGCCAAGUAAUAUCUACCUUCAUGUCAAUAUAGCCAGUUAAUAUUUUAUUACCAAUGUUAAUAACUUUUACCAAAUACAUGUAAAAGAGUUUAUACCUUUUUCUUUAUCUCGAAAAUAAAUGAAUAAAUAAAUAGACGUAUGUCGUAGAGACUAGGUCUUGAAAGUUGUGUUGCUGCUAAAUUUAUUCAGUAGACUAAUUGCAAUAAGGGGGUUUACCUGAUUAACAUUCAUGG